AUGGACCCCAAAGGUGGCCUGCCUGAGGGCCUGGGCGAGAUUGAAAAGAAUGCGGACGAGCAACAGAGAGAAGAGCUGGGCCUGGAUACACAACAAGAGAAGGACACAGUACCUACCGACGAGAAGUCAGCGCCGAUAGUUUCACCAACAGAAAAGGUACCGCCGUCGCCAACAUCCAGCUCCGAUGGCAGACCAGAUCUUCGCAAGUUCGACUCGGAGAUCCUGAUAAAACGAGACGUCCUCGAAGGAGACGCUGCGCUGGCUCAUCUGCCAGAAGCAGAGAGGAUGGUCCUGAAAAGACAACUCGAUGCUCCCGAUAUCAAAGUGACAUACAAGAUGCUCUACCGAUAUGCUACGAAGUGGGACAAAGUCUUCCUGGUCAUUGCCUGCUUAACCGCCAUCGCUGGAGGAGCUGUCAUGCCGUUGAUGACCGUUGUCUUCGGUAACCUCUCCGGCACGUUUCAAAGCUUUACCCUGGGAGAUAUCGCGGACACCUUCAAGUCGACGCUAAACCGCUACGUAUUGUACUUUGUGUACCUGGCAGUUGGCGAAUUCGUGCUCAUCUAUAUUUCCACCGUCUUGUUCAUCUACAUCGGCGAACACAUUACCUCCAAGGUCCGGAACCAAUAUUUGAAAGCCAUCUUGCGACAGAACAUCGGCUUCUUCGACAAGCUGGGCGCCGGCGAGGUCACUACACGCAUCACGGCAGACACUAAUUUGAUUCAAGAAGCAAUUUCGGAGAAGGUUGGGCUGACGUUAACGGGUGUCGCUUCGUUCUUCGCGGCCUUCGUGAUUGGGUUCGUCAAGUUCUGGAAGUUGACGUUGAUCUGCAUGGCGACGGUCGUUGCUAUUGUGGUAACGAUGGGUGUCGGAGGACGCUUCAUGACGGGAUGGAACAAGAAGUCCCUACACGCCUAUGCAGUCGGUGGCACUGUCGCCGAGGAAGUUCUCGGCUCUAUUCGUAAUGCCGUUGCGUUCGGCACGCAGGACCGCCUGGCCAAGCAGUACGACGUCCACUUGCACGAGGCUCGCAGAUGGGGGUUUCGCAGCAAGUCAACUCUAGCUUGCAUGAUUGGAUGCCUGCUGUGCUUCAUCUUCUUAAACUAUGGUCUAGCGUUUUGGAUGGGAUCUCGAUUCCUGACUGAUGGCGAAACGACUCUUUCCUCGAUUCUUACCAUCAUUCUUGCUGUUAUGAUCGGUGCAUUCUCAUUCGGCAAUGUUGGGCCAAACAUACAGCACUUUAUUGCCGGCGUAGCAGCAGCUCAUAAGAUCUACUCAACGAUCGACCGCACUUCCCCAUUGGACCCGACACUUGAGACUGGAGAAACGCUAGACAACGUGCAAGGCACGAUUGAGCUACGGAACGUCAAGCAUAUCUACCCCUCGCGGCCAGAAGUGGUUGUCAUGGAAGAUGUUAGUCUCGUGGUGCCUGCUGGCCAGGUCACAGCUCUUGUGGGCGCCAGUGGGUCUGGAAAGUCCACGAUUGUUGGCCUUGUCGAACGCUUCUAUGACCCGGUCGGCGGAGAAGUUCUGCUCGACGGGCACAAAAUUUCGGAUCUCAAUCUUCGUUGGCUUCGACGUCAAAUUGCGCUCGUGCAACAGGAGCCAGUUCUGUUUAGCCAGUCGAUCAAGCAAAACAUCAUGAACGGACUGAUUGGUUCCAGAUUCGAUGACGAGACGGAAGAACAGCAGAUGGAACGCGUCAUCAGAGCUGCGAAAAUGGCAAACGCCCACGACUUCAUCUCUUCGCUUCCUGACGGAUAUGAGACUCACGUUGGAGAACGAGGCUUCCUUCUCUCUGGUGGUCAGAAGCAGCGAGUUGCCAUCGCUCGAGCAGUAGUCAGCGACCCGAAGAUCCUCCUUCUCGACGAGGCCACUUCAGCACUCGACACGAAAUCAGAAGGUGUUGUGCAGCGUGCUCUCGACGAGGCUGCUAAGGGCCGGACAACCAUCGUUAUCGCUCACCGCCUCUCGACCAUCAGAGAUGCAGACAACAUUGUGGUCAUGCAGACCGGACGAAUCAUUGAGCAAGGGACCCACGAUGAGCUGCUUGUGAAAAAGCAGGCAUAUUACAAUCUUGUGUCAGCUCAACGUAUAGGUGACGACAAGGAAGAAGAGGACGAAGAAUCUCUUGGAGAACAGUCAGAGCACCUUAGCAGGGUGGUGUCCACCAAGUCGGGCGCAGCGAACUCGAUGGUCGACCCUGAGGACGAGAAGCUCGCCUUGGGUCGAACCAAAAGUCAGAAGUCUGUCUCGUCAAAGAUUUUAGAAGGGAAGGACACGAACAAAGAGAUCAAGUAUUCUCUGUGGACAUUGAUCAAGUUCAUGGCGUCUUUCAACCGGAAGGAGUGGUGGAUCAUGUGCAUUGGCUUCUUCUUCACAUUCAUCGCUGGCGCCAAUCAACCGGUACAAGGAAUCUUCUUCGCCAAAUCCAUCAUCGCUCUGACUCAACCACUUCCGGAGUUCAGGGAUAAAAUUCGGUCAGAUGUCAGCUUCUGGGCUCUGAUGUACCUCAUGCUUGGUCUUGUUACUCUGGUCGCCAUGUGGACGCAAGGAAUUGCGUUCGCUUGGUGCUCAGAGAUCUUGAUCCAUCGUGCUCGUGAUCGAGCCUUCAGGUCAAUGUUGCGGCAAGACAUUGCAUUUUUCGACGAAGAAGAGAACUCGACUGGCGCUCUCACAUCCUUCUUGUCAACCGAGACAACGCAUCUAGCAUCCCUUUCUGGCGCUACGCUUGGCACUCUCAUCAGCUGCUCGACUACUUUGAUCCUGGCGGUCGUUAUUGCUCUAAGUAUCGGCUGGAAGCUGGCAUUGGUGUGCAUGUGUGCUUUGCCAAUCAUCCUGGGGACUGGUUUCUUCCGGUUCUGGACGCUGGCUAAGUUCUCCCGAGAUGCCCAAAAAGCAUACAAGAAGUCUGCUGGAUACGCUUGCGAACACACGAACGCUAUCCGAACCGUGGCCUCGUUGACAACAGAGGCCGAGAUCUUCGACGAUUAUUGCGAGCAACUAAAUCGACAGCUCAAGACUUCGCUACGUUCCAAUCUACGGAACUCUGCGCUGUAUGCCGCUUCACAAUCAGCCAUGUUUCUAGCCUUCGCGCUUGGCUUCUGGUACGGUGGCACGCUUCUCUAUCGUGGCGAGUACACAAUGUUCCAGUUCUUUAUUGUCUUCUCGGAAAUCAUCUUUGGUGCGCAGUCGGCCGGCACGGUCUUCUCCUUCGCCGGAGACAUGUCCAAAGCCAAGAACGCAGCAGCGGAGCUAAAGCAAUUGCUCGACCGCGAACCGACCAUAGAUCCAUGGUCAGAUGGAGGCGACAAGAUUGACCACGUUGAAGGCCAUAUCGAGUUCCGGGACGCCCACUUCCGCUACCCAACGCGACCGGACGUCCCUGUGCUGCGUGGCUUGGAUCUGGUCGUCAAGCCAGGUCAGUACAUCGCACUCGUUGGCGCUUCGGGCUGUGGCAAGUCAACCACCAUCGCGCUCAUGGAACGCUUCUACGACCCUCUCGCUGGUGGUGUGUACGUUGACGGGCAUGAGAUCUCAGGCCUGAAUCUCAACGACUACCGGUCCCACAUCGCGCUUGUGUCCCAGGAGCCUACUCUGUACCAAGGCACCAUCAAAGAGAACAUUCUCCUCGGCCAAGCUGAUCAGGUCAGCGCCGAUGAGCCAAUCCCAGUAUCUGACGAACGCAUCAUCCGUGCCUGCAAGGACGCCAACAUUUACGACUUCAUUAUCUCCUUGCCUGACGGCUUCUCCACCGCGGUAGGCGCCAAAGCAGCCCUCCUUUCAGGUGGCCAAAAGCAGCGCAUCGCCAUUGCACGCGCCCUCCUCCGUGACCCCAAGAUUCUUCUCCUCGACGAAGCCACCUCAGCACUGGACUCAGAAUCCGAGAAGGUGGUGCAAGCGGCACUGGACGCGGCGGCGAAGGGAAGGACGACGAUUGCUGUGGCGCAUCGGCUGAGCACGAUCCAGAAAGCGGACGUCAUAUAUGUGAUUGAGAAGGGUGUGGUCAAGGAGAGGGGUACGCAUAGUGAGCUCAUGGCGUUGAAGGGGCGGUAUAGGGAGAUGGUUGGGAUGCAGAGUUUGGAGAGGCAUCAUUAA